AUGGUCACGACGGCGCCGGCGGCCGCCGCGCCGGUCAACGUGGCGCAGUCCGAGCUCAUCAUCAUCCACGUCUGCGACGAGGCGCGCCAGAUCAACCGCGACUUCGCCUGCGACCGCAGCGUGCUCCUCGAGGAGAUGAAGUACUUCCAGUCCUACCUCGGCGGCGACAGCGGGUCCUUCGACGACAUCGACAUCAGCGUCCACUGCGACGUGCACAUCUUCGAGUGGCUCGUGCAGUGGAUCCACUCGCCGCUGCGGCCGCCGCCGCUGGACAGCAGCAGCGUCGUGUCCAUCCUCAUCUCGUCGGAGUUCCUGGAGAUGGAGCGCCUCGUGGAGCACUGCCUCCGGCACAUGCCCAUCGACCUCGCCUGCGUGUCCGAGAAGCUCGUGCUGCGCCUCGCGGAGCUCUGCACGGCGGAGGUGCUCGCGUCGCUCAGCGACAAGAAGGACAAGCUGCUGCCCAAGCUCUACAAGCGGCGGCUCGAGAUCGACUUCCGGCACCGGCACGCCGAGGCGCGCAAGGACAGGGACGCCAAGGAGCCGGACAAGAAGCCGGGCGCGAAGAGGGACGGCGACGAGAAGAAGGACGGCGACCUCCGCGCGCCGGCAUCGGGCGGUCCGUCGGAGAAGCCCGUGAGCCGCGAGAUCCUGCGGUGCCGCCACUGCGCCAAGCUCUACCCGGCCUGGGCCCAGAAGUGGCUCCCCUGCGCGGACGCGCCGUUCCUCGUCGACGGCCGCGGCGCGCUCGCGAGCCGCCACGCGCCCGUGCUCGAGCGCUGGAGCCUCACGGAGCACGUCGGCGCGCUCCACGCGUUGGGCAUGACCUGGGAGGAGGUCUACUGGCUCAUGUGGGGCGUCACGCACGUCUUCCGCUGCUCCGCGUGCGCGAAAUGGUUCGGCGCCGACGACCUGGGCCGGUGCCUCUACCACGAGGAGCGGCCCCACUUCGCCGACGACUUCCGCAUGCACGGCGCCUACGGCUGCUGCGGCGCGCCCUGCCUGCGCUUCUCCGCCUACGCGGACGUCGCGGGCUGCCGGUGCCGCGAGCACCGCAUCGACCCGCGGCGCGGCUCCGCGAAGCCGUCGACGCUCCGGUUGCUCCAGCGCCAGGGCAAGCUCAUCGCCCACGCGGCGAAGCGCGCGGGCCUGCGGAGCCCGGGCCCGACGGGCGAGCCGGCGUCGUCGGCGAACUCGGGCGCGGAGAACGCGUCGGAGUGCGCGUCGUCGAGCGACGCCGUGUCGAACGGCUCCGGCGGCAAGAAGGGCGACGAGAGCUCCAAGAAGGACGCCGCGAAGGGGGACGAGGCCAACGCCGAGUCCCAGGCCUCCGGCGACGAGGGCGGCGUCCAGGCCGGGUCCCAGGCCGACGCGGGCAGCCGCGCCGGGUCCGCGGAGAAGAACGACUCCGACAAGGAGGCCAAGCCCAGCGACAAGCCCAAAAAGUCCAAUGCGAAGAGCGCCGACGCCAAGAAGCCCGGCGCGCGGCCGCCCACGGACAAGAAGAAGAAGGCCCAGGACGACGACGAGCCCGCGGACCGCGGCCGCCGCGCGUCCGCGCAGUCCAAGCGGGCCGGCAAGGCCGUCAAGGCCAAGGACGGCAAGGCGACGCUCACGUCCCAGGACCUCAAGCAGCUGAACCUCCCGGCGUCGGCCGCGCCGCCGGCGAGCGCGAAGGAGGGCUCCGAGAAGGGCUCCGACGCCGGCGACGCGCCCGCGGCCAAGCCCGCGGCCCAGGCGCGGCCCAUGCGGUCGCCGCACCACAGCGUCUUCGCCGCGACGCCCGACUCCGCCGCCGCCGGCGACGACGAGGUCCACCUGCGGGACCACAAGCACCCGCUCGCGAAGCCCCUGCCCGAGUCGCAGCGCGAGGCGCGCGAGCGCCGCGAGUCCGCGGCGCUGAGCCCGCGCCGCAAGCGCGCCUGGGACAUGGAGUGCAUCUGGCGCGAGAAGGACGUCGCGCGCAUGCGCCACCUCUCCGAGUACCUCGCCGCCAUGCGGACGCCCUACGCCGCGGACCUCGCGAAAUCCGGCGACGCCGGCGGCGGCGACGACCGCAAGGGCAAGCGCGCGGCCGAGGCCGAGAAGCGCCGCUGGCGCUAG